UUCGGUAAAGGAAUUCAGAAGACGACAGUUGAACGUGGCAUAAAUUUCCCUUUCAAAGUGCGCAUAGAUUAAUCGAUUCUUUUCAUGAAACUUGCAUCUCUCGGAUCGUAAUCUAUGACAGAUCUUCGUAAUAUGUUACAGAGUAAUGUAUACGAAAAUAUUCUAUGGCUAUUGAAUGCUAGUCAUGAAUUUCGGAACUGUAGAAUGUCUGUUGCGUAGGUCGAAAAUAACAUAACGCCACAGGCGCCAUUAAGUUGCGCCAUCUGGAUAGCAUUACGAAGAAAUUAUAUUAGUCAAAGUUUGGAAAAACUUUUGAAUUACAUUAUUACUCUUCCCGAUAACGAGUAUUAUAAGGUAAAAUUAACGAAUUUAAAAAUUGGUAUAAUACACACCGAUUACGUUUACGUUAUGUUUAAAUGUAGGAGUAUAUACUCCUUAUGAUUAUAUUCACUUAACCUCAAUUUUGAAUGAAAAAUGAAUACCUGUGAUUAUGAAAAUGUAAUUUUAUAUUUGUCUUAUGGUGAUAAUAAAAAAAAACAAUCUUUUUUGAAAGAGGGAAUCGAAGGUAUUUUCAAUUUCACAAGAGAAAACAUAAACUUCAAGAGUUUAAAAAUAUCAAUAACUACAGCGUUCUAUAAGUAACAACAAUAUAUAUUAGUUAGUUAAACUAAUUUUUAUUAACUUUUUAUAAAUCAACAAACUCAUAAUAAUGGGAUGUGCUAUAUGUAGUUAUUUUGUACAAAAUUAAAGAAGAAAAAAUAGUAUCAUAAGCACAACAUGCACAAGUAGUGUUACAGAAAGGAUAAUUUUCAUUUUUACAUAAAGGAUUAUACAAACUUUCCAAAUACACAUCUAAAAUACAAUGGGAGAACUUUAAAUGAAUAGCUCAAAGAUGCAGCACACUGAAGUUAAAAACAAGGAUCAUAAUUAUAGUGAAGUAAAAUUACAUAGUAUUCAGCAUACUGCUAGUAAUAUCCUUAAUGUAUGUGACAAUGAUGUUAAAACAACAUGUAAAUCAAACAAAACUGGAUUAGUAUCGAAUAAAGAAAUAUUCGGUCAGAUUAAAGAUAUUAGUGAAUUAAAAAAAAUUACACCACGUGUAAAAUUGUUGACUCAUGAUGCAAAUAGUUUAAAUGAAUUAACUAAAAUUUCUUUGCACAAUAAAGUAUCUGCGCAAAAGAAACUAUCAAUAUCAGAACAAACAAAACAGGAAUUAAAAAAGUAUUGUAGGACUUGUGCCGGUUUGAAACUUCCAUUAGUUGAUAUUUUUAGUGAAAAAGGUAAUCAAAUGAGAUUAAGUCAACAAAUUAAGCAUUUAGAAGAAAUAAAUCCAUAUGAUAGUUUAUCAACUCAAAUGUGUAUGGAUUGUAUCUGUGACUUAAAAAUGAGUUAUAAGUUUUUUAUGCAAAUUAAAAAAGCAGAAGUUAAAUUAAGAUCUAUUCACAUUAGUCUCACAGAUACAGUGACAAAAAAUGCAGAAUUAAAUAAAAUGCAGCCUGUAGGAAGUUUCGAGAAACAGAUGGAAAAUACUGUUCAGUGUAAUACAAAAAAUCCAUCUACAAGUAAAGAAUAUAUUUCCAUACCAAAAAUAUCUGCAAUUUUUUCAUUAAAAGAUAAUGAAGAUAUUGUAAAAGAUAAGAAACUUUGUACAGAUCAUAGAGAAUUAGAAAGUAAGGUUGAACCUGGAAUUUUUGAAGACACCACUGUCUUACAAAAUAGUGAUGAUAAUGAAUCAAUAGAAGAAUUUGAUCCAGAUGAUCCUCCUUUUCAACCUGAUAGUUCUGAUGUUGCAGAGUCUGAUGAUGAAGUAGAAAUGCCAAGUGCAAAAAGACGACAUAUUCAACAGAAAGAAAAUACAAAACAAUGUUCACAAUCAACUAUUGUUUCUGAUAAUAAUCCAAUUUCAGAUAAUAAAAAUACUGAAAUUAACCAAACAACAUAUAAUUAUGAAUGUAUGAGAACAUACAUUAAAGUAGAAGACACAGAAUGUAAUAAUCAGUCUACUGAACCACGCAGCGUCAAUAAUUCUGAAAGUACAAAAGAAUGUUCAAAACAACCAAACAUAUUAAAACGCAGGUUAUUAUUACAGUCUAAAAAAGAAUCUACAGAAGAAACUGAUGAAAAUAUUUACCAGACAAAUAUUUCUGAUAAAAGCCAUAAAGACUUAAAAGUACAAAAACUCGAUGUAAACAAUUCUUUGAACCUUAACAGUAAUCAAGAAGAUGGCAUCAUGUAUGUUACUGUGAAAGGAUCUAAACCGAAUGAAAUAUUGUUAGUAAAAGUUAAGAAAAUGGAUAAACCAUUAGAGAAAAAAGAAGAUAAAUCUACAGGGAGAAAGAAUUUUGAUAUUAAACCAAUGGAUAAGAUUUUAAAACGAUAUGAAACAUUAGUUACAAAAGAAAAAGAUUUAUUUCCAGAACGAACAAAAAAGUUAGAAAUAAGAGAGCAGAUUAUAGAAGAACAAAUAGAAGAAUACAAGAAAAAGCGGGAAAAAGUAUUAGGUGGACAUGCCAAUAUUGUUGCACCUCCAAAAUUUGAGGAAUCUCGUUACUUUAAGCGUAAUGAAAGUCAAGAUAAUCAAAGAUCUUUUACACAUAUAGAAAAUGAUUCUGCUGUAGACAUACAGUUUAAUAAAGAUGAUAGUGAAUUUAAUGCAAUUAUUACAAUUGAAGAUGAUGCUAUAGAAAUUGCAGAAUCAGCCAAAGAAAAGUCUACAAAUGCAAAUGCAUAUGUAAAUACUGAAGAAUAUUUAUCACGUUUAGCAAAGCUUAAAUUGAAAUGGGAAGAAGCAAAAAAGAAGAAAGAAUAUCUUCAAAAAGAACUUGAUGAAUCUUAUACAGAAGGAAAUAUUGAAAAGUUAGCAAGAAUUUUAGGAGAAAAAAAGAAAAACUUGCAAGACUUUCAAGAUUAUUUAAAACAACGUAAAAUUGUAAUUACAAGAUUAAAAGAUGAGGAUAUUAUUUCUCUUUAUGAAGACAGAAAUAAUGCAGUCCUUAAAAACAACUUACCUGAUUUAAUAGAUGAAAGUCAACCAGCAGAUUAUAUUCCAGAAGAACAUUAUUUAGAAUGUGAUUAUUGUCCAGAAACAUUUGCUUCUAAAGAAGUUCUUGAAGAACAUUUGAGAUCACAUGACUAUAAAAUUAUGCAUUUUUGUGAAGAUUGCAUGGCAGAAUUUCCAACAAAUAAAGCAAAACGAAAUCAUAAUGUGAAUUGUGAAAAAAAAUUACUAUGUAAAUAUUGUAACGUGACGUUAGAUUCAAAAGGAAAAAAGCGUCAGCAUGAACAAAAACAUAGUGAUAAUAAGUAUGGACAAUUAUGUGAUGUAUGUGGUGAGAAGUUUAAACAUCAAGGAACAUUGGAUCAACAUGUCAAAACACAACACAUGAAUUGGGAGAAAAUAUAUCAAUGUCCAAAGUGUCCUAAAAAGUUUGCAUUCAAACAAAAACUUAGCUUUCAUUUGAAAUCUGUACACACAACUUUAAGAGCCUAUUUGUGCGAGGACUGUGGAGCUGAUUUUAAAAAUCCUGCAAGCCUUAGACAUCAUAGAAUACGUAAACAUCAACCUGUAAGUAAUAAGAGAGAAUGCCCAGUUUGCCAUAAAUUAGUACCAUUUUAUAGCCUUUCUAAACACAUGCAUACUCAUAAAGCAUAUACUAUUCAGUGUCCACACUGUGACAAAAUGUUUAAAAAUAGUUCAACUUUAAAGCAACAUGUAAGAAUUCAUGAAGAUCAGCGUCAAUAUCGAUGUGAUACUUGUGGUGUUGGAUUUAAUAGAAGAGAUGGUUUAAGGUUACACAUGAGAGUACAUGAGAAGACAGAUAGUAGAGGAUUAAAAGAAUGUUCAUGUCAAGUAUGUGGUGAGAAGUUUCCAAAUCAUUCAACACUUGUUAUACAUAGGAACCGAGUUCAUAAGGAUGGUAGACAAUACACUUGUCAUAUAUGUAAUAGAUCUAUGAUUUCAACUAGAUCAUUAGAGUGGCAUAUGUCUCAUAUACACAAUGAAACGCUUCCUGGUGUAAAGGAAGGGAUAGAUGGGGCACCAGAAAAAAGAAGAGCAUCAUGUUAUCAUUGUAAUAAGACAUUCAAAACAGAAAUGAUUUUGAGAACGCAUAUUAAAAACACACAUAUGGAGAAAGAUCCUAUGAAAUGUUUAGAUUGUGAAUUAACAUUUACUUCCGAAGUGAGGUUAAGACAUCAUAUGAUGGUCACACAUAACAGAUUAGAAGGAACUUUACCGUGCCCACAUUGUUCAAAGAGAUUUGUGAAUCAACUCAGAUUAAAAACUCAUAUGAUAUCUCAUUCUGAAGAAAGGCCAUACACUUGUGAAAUCUGUGGAUUUAAUUUGAAAACUAAGAUACAGUUAAUUAAACAUCAUCAAAAUAGGCACAGCGAUGAAAGACCUUUACAGUGUAGAUAUUGUCCUUGGAGAUGUAAACAAGUUAGUGCACUUGUAUGUCAUGAAAGAACUCAUACAAAUGAACGACCAUAUUCUUGCAGUGUAUGUAGGCAACGUUUUAAAUAUUUAGGUGAUAAAAAUAAACAUGAAAGACGACAUGAAAGCUUAGGAGGAUCUGGAUUUAAAAGGAUAAUACUUAGUCGAAAUAGUAAACCUAAAGCAUUAGAAGAUUCUUCUUGUUCUGAACACGAAAGUUUAAAUAAUAUAAAGUGUCAAGUUCCUGAAAGUGAAUAUCAAGAACAGACAGAUCAACAAUUUGAAGAAGAACAAAUAGUUAAAUUUGAAGAAGAACAGAUUAAAUUUGAAGAACAAGAAAUAACAGAAGAAUAUGAACAAGUAUAUGAACAGGAAUAUGAAGAGACAUCCAGAGAAGCUUCUGAUGCAGCAGAAGUUAUAAUGAAUAUGGAAGAUACAACAGUUUACACAGAAGAAGUAACUGCAGAUAACAUUGAACCUACAGAAAUUAUGGCAGAUGAAAUAAUGACAAAUGAAAUAUUACAAUCAGGUGCUGUAGUUCACUUGCAACAAGAAGAUGAUUCAGGGAAAAUACAAGUGAUUCCAGUGAUGUUAUCUUUACCUGAUUUAUCCGAUGCAAAUACAGAGGUCAAUUUAGCUACUGCAUCCAUUAUGUAUAAUAAUUGAAUUCAAUUUCGCAUUUUAUAUUUGCGAUAUGCUUUGUAUAAAGAAAUAAUUUUUAAAGUUUUAUUGUGGUAAUUAUACAUUUAAAAAUGAACUGUUUAUUUGGUAUAAAUAAGUAGGGGCUAAAUCACAUUCCUAUAGACCCAAUUUCAGCAUGUUCUAAAAGUGUAUUUCCUUUUAGUAUACAUAUAUAGGUUUCACUACACUAGGAUAUUAUGUACCUAAAAGUCAAAAUAGUUAUUUGCUAUCGAAAUAAUAGUUUUGUAAAAUUAAUUUACUAUGUGAAAAUACUUAUUAAAAUCAAUUUAAAACUGUAAAAAGGAUAAUAUAACAAAUUUUAUCUCUUCUUAGUGCUUUACAAUACAAAAUUUUUGUUUAACUAUAAAUAAUAAAUAAAAAUAUCUGUAGUAUGAUAUAUAAAGUAUUUUGUACAAAUCUAAAAGAUGAAUAAGUAUUUUACUUGAUAAUACAAACUUUCAAGAUUAAUAAAAUUGAUGUUGCUCAUAA